GCCUGAAACUGGAGAGGAGGAACCAGAGAGGUGCUACAAGAGAUAGAAAGGAAGCAGAAAGGAGAAGUGAAACGCAUUCUGGAUAACCCCAUGCGUAAAUGUGUCAUACUUGAGAGAAGAAAAAAAAGUUUGGGCUUGGUCAAUGUGCGCAAAGAGGGAGAGAGAAAGGAUGGUGCGCUCUGGGAACCAGCCGGACAAGAGCUGAAAGACGGAUAUUCCCUGCUUAAGGACACACCCUCCCCCCUCUUUCUCUCUCUCUUUCUCACUCACUCUCUCACUCAUUGUUUCCCACACUGACUCUGCUCGUAUCGGGUUAACAAAUGACCAACCAGCCGCUUGGAUGAGAGGAGCGCAAAGUGAAAUCAUUCCGCUGGAGAGACGCAACUCCGGCGGCAGCUUCACCAACGCAGCUUUCACGAAAAAAAGCAUGAAUAUAGAUAUUAUUUGUUUUGUUUUGUUUUAGUUUUUUGUGCGUGGAUCAGUCUUGAAGGGAGACAGAAGAAGAAGAAGAAGAAGAGAGAGAGUGGCUAAUUGGGAUGAGAGGUGAAGUCAAGUGAGCCGGCAGAUUGGACCUUUAAAGCCUCUUAACGCAGGUGGUGGGUGGAAUACAGCGCAAGGGGAGUGUGUUUGUGUGUUUAUGUGUUUGUGUGUUUGUGUGUUUGUGUGCAUGUGUCAUUCCCAGUGGAAAUCCACCCUAGACACAUCAGCAAGGGGGUGAUCGGGCGUGUGUUUGCGUGUGUUUUGGGUUUCUCUGACCUGGACGCGAUGAAGUGGCUCUGCGGGAGUUUUAAGGUUUAAGACCGGAGAGGAGGAGAGCUGGGCGGACGGACGGACACAGGGAGGGAGGAGGAGGAGGAGGAGAAGGAGGAGAGGGGAGACACCACUACCAUCGCCAAAGCGCACAACACGGUCCCCAAUCCCUUGACGCAGGGAUGGAGAGCACAAGAGCGCACAGGGUGCCUCGGCUCUAUCCCAUAAACGGGAGCGGAAUGAUCACCGGGAAGCCAAACAUGAGGAGUGACCGACACCGGGGACACCUCCACCUGCAGCGGACUGUGAUUUUUCUCGUCGCGCUCACCAUCCAGCCGCAGGCCGUGUGUGCUGUAGGGAUGUUCGAGCUCCAGAUCCGUCACUUUCAAAACUCACAUGGACUUCUGCAGACCGGAGACUGCUGCGAUCUCCAAGCCAGCGGGGGGCAGCGCUGCUCAGCCAGGGACCAAUGUGAUACUUUCUUCCAAGCUUGCCUCAAGGAGUACCAGGCCCGGGUCGCACCAACUGGGGCCUGCACCUUCGGGUCGGGCAGCACAGGGAUCCUGGGUGGAAACUCCCUUUCGCUCCACCACCGAGGACAUGACGGAGGAGGGGGAGGAGUAGGAGGAGGAGAGGAUGGGACUAAUGGACACAUUGUCAUUCCCUUCAAAUACGCCUGGCCAAAGUCCUUCUCUCUGGUGUUGGAGGCUCUGGACUACGACAAUGAAACAUCAGAAUCAGGUCAGUUAAUUGAGCGAGUCCUCCUCUCCUCCAUGUUGAACCCCGGUGAACAGUGGCAAACAUACCGUCACCAUGGACGGCAUCUAAGCUUGGAGUACCGGCUUCGCUUUCGCUGUGAUUCAACCUACUACGGACCUUUCUGCAACAAGUUCUGCAGAGGCCGCGAUGACUUCUUUGGUCACUUCAACUGUGACCCCAGUGGCUCAAAGGUCUGCAUGGAGGGCUGGACGGGACCAGAGUGCAAAGAAGCCGUGUGUAAACAGGGAUGUCAUCAGGUCCACGGCUCCUGCACUGUACCUGGAGAAUGCAAGUGUCAUUAUGGCUGGAAAGGCCCUCUGUGUGAUCAGUGUGUGACGUUCCCCGGCUGUGUGUACGGCAGCUGCGUCGAGCCUUGGCAGUGUGUGUGCGACGUCAACUGGGGAGGACUGCUGUGCGACAAAGAUCUGAACUACUGUGGCACGCACCAGCCCUGUAUGAACGGUGGGACUUGCACGAACACAGAGCCAAACGAGUACCAGUGCGAGUGCCAGGAAGGUUUCAAAGGACGCAACUGUGACAUUGUGGAACAUGCAUGUUUGUCGUCUCCAUGUAUGAACGAAGCCACCUGUGUGGAAGACCCAACGGGCUUCAGCUGCAUCUGUACCAACAGCUGGACCGGACAAACUUGCUCUGAGGCGGUGAGGCAGUGUGAUCGGAGCCCUUGCGGACGUGGAGCGACAUGUCAAGAGGCCCCUGGAGGUUACCGGUGUCUCUGCCCACCUGGAUGGACCGGCAGGACCUGCCAGCUGGACACCAACGAGUGUGAAACGAGUAUCUGUGUCCACGCCCGCUCUUGUCGCAACCUGAUCGGCGGAUACUUGUGUGACUGCCUUCCUGGGUGGACGGGGCCUAACUGUGACAUCAGGAACAGCAGCUGUCAGGGUUUGUGUUUGAACGGCGGACAUUGCGAGGACCAGCUGUCAGGAUCCAGAUGUUUGUGUCCACCUGGUUUCUCUGGAAAACUUUGCCAAAAUAGUCCAAGUCCAUGUGACAGUGCCCCCUGUCUGCAUGGAGGACAGUGUGUGGAGAAGGAUGGACAGACCGUCGCCUGCAGCUGUCCCAUGGGAUACUCGGGAAGCUUCUGUGAGAUUUUGGAUCUGUGCAGUUCCAACCCUUGUCUAAAUGGGGCACCCUGUCUCAUCAUAGAGGGCAGGUACGCAUGUGUCUGCCCUGAGGGUACCUAUGGUCGAGACUGCAGAGCCACUGAUUUUCCCUGCCUUGGACAACACUGUCCAGGUGCCGUGUCUGACACGACGCACGGCAGUGUCAACUUCUACAUCAUCCUGGUGGGCGUCUUAGCUUUAGUGAUGGUCUGCGGUUGUGCAGCUUGCGCCUUCAUCCUCUCCCACCUCCACCGAAAGCGGAAAAAGCAACAGGCCGUCCCGCAGGAAGAGGGCAUCAACAACCAGAGGGAGUUUGUCAACCUCAUCAGAAACGUGGACCGUCCCGUGCCCCUCCUGCCCCCUGCCACCCCGCUCGCUCACCCUCCACCUCCCACCCCUGUCACACGUUGCUACGAGGAGAUUGAACUGACUCUGCCGCCCUCCCCUGCACCUUCACAUCCAUCUCCGGCACUAAAGCCAGCACACGCAGCCAAACUGGACAUUUCAAACCGGGAGAGGGAGAAGUUGAACCGCUUCCACUACACAGACAACCAAGAAGUAGAGGCCUGACCUUUGAGGUUUUGGGCCACAGAGGUGCUUCUUUUUGAAACUUUGUUUUGCGUUAUUCGCAGUCUCUCGCUCACGGGGACCUGUUUCCAGUUUUUUGCACUGUGUCAGUCAUGAAAAUGGGAUAACCCUAUGACCUUUAUGUGCUCAGAUUGCCACAAGCAGACACCUAAAGGGGCAAAGGCUGCCAAGUAGAAGGCUGAAAAGUCUGACUGUGUUGUCGUCUUUGACCUUAAUUUGAGAAGCGGCAGGUGCAUGAUGUUCGACUGAAAGACUCUUGAUUUAAUCUGGAGACUUGAGUGCCUGAAGAGGAAAUAACGGAUCAUCCUCCAUAGGAGGCUCUCGACUUGUUUCCUGGUCCACGAUGCCAUCUGAUUGGUUUUCAGACCUCCAUAUUUGUUUCAUACAUCUCUCUGACAGACAGAGAGAUUAAUGAAUGGAUGUUUAUUUAACACUCAGUGUGUUUCUGUGUCUGGUUGUAUGUAAGUGUGUGUGUGUGUGUGUGUGUGAAAAAGUGAAUGUAUAUUAUGAGUGUAUGUGGGGGAAAACAUAGGACAGAGACAGUUUACUUAAAGAAAACAAAGUUGAUACACGUGUCAACUCUUUUAAAACUAUACACUGUUGCCUGUAUUGUCUCUGUAAUUCUACAGUUUGUCAAAGAUGUAUGAUUUUUUCAUACCUACCUAUGUAAAAUAGCUUUUUUGUACAUGGUUAUAUUGUACAUAUUGAUGCCCUUUUUGUACUGUGGUCUGGUCUGAAAGUAUCACUGUAUUCCUUUGCUCUGUUUGUCCCAUUUCGCUUUUCAUUUGGAGCAACCAGCACAUGUGGAUUGUAAUAAAAGUGCAUUUACCAACUCUA